AUGAACGGCGGGUGUCUGCCUCCGGUCCCGGAUUUGAUUCCCAUAUCAACGCUUCGGAAAAGAUCCCCCGCGAACGAUAUCUCGAACGGGGGCCUUCAGGAGCGCACCCCUUGUGUCUCUGAGGUUAUGGGCGAGCAGCGCCCCCGACGGCGGUCUGCGAACCAUCCCGCCGUUGAACUGAUCGAUAGCGCAGGGUCACGUGGCUCGAGCGCCGCCCCCCAGACGCCGCUCUCCCGGAAAGCGAGGUCGGAGCGUCACCGUAAAUCAGACAGACGACGCGACCAACGCAAACCCGCCAGAACGCGCUCUAACAGUAAACACUCCAAGCCCCGGGAAGAGUGCGGCCCGAUUCCCACUAACCCGCGAGUAAACCCAAUUUUCGUGUGGGUCCGGCAAGAAGACACUCGCAUCGUGGACGUGAAAUGCGAAGACUACGACAAGAGGAACCGCAUCCUCCUCACGAAGACGGCACAGGGGUGGCGAGCCAUCCCGCGUACCGAAACCCUUGUGCCCAGCCUGAAGGAGGCGGUUAAGGACCAGAGUCAGAACGCUCACCACCACCACAGGAACAAGAAAUCCCGCAAAGGCAAAGUUCGUCGGCGAUCCACUGGUGUCCAGGUGACCUCCGACAUUGAACAGGAUGAAGAAGAGCAGGAACCUGAGCAACAACCCGAGAAGGAACAUGAAUCCGACGAGAAACAGCCUCCCGACUGGAUGUCGACGGAUAACGUCAACAUCGAGUCUCUACUUCCGUCUCACACGAUUAAAGUCAAGAGGUCAACCAGCCCGAGGCAUUCUCCUGAGCGCGAGUCAAAUGUAAACAGUGCCGUAAUCGACAACGCGCAAACUCCGACUUUAAAGUGCAGUGCCGAUAAAUUGUGUGACGUCAGCCCGCUGGAUAAUUUACUAGCCGUGGCGGAACUGGAAUUCAACCACCAAAUACAGUCUGGUGAAUGGAAUAAAACCAAUGAAUCCGAUACUGUAUCCACUCCCAUGGUUUCCUUCGAGGGAACAGACGAAGACAAGGAGUUCAUGAAAAAUUUGGAGCAGCUCAAUGAGCUCAUCGAAUCAGAAGAAGGAAAACUGGAAAUACCUGCCGAUUUCGACACGGAACACCACAGGACUGAGGAGUGCGACUAUACAGAAGAAGACGACAACAAUUUGGCUAUGGAUGACAUUCUCUCCAGGCUAGAGCAAUCCCUUAGAAGCCCUGAGUGCACGGAGCUCGCGAAUUGCGACUCUAGCUUCCAAAACAAAAAACCUGCGAGCCACGAUUAUAGCAGCGACUCUGAACAUAACUUAAAAUCAGUAACUGACUUAGAGGAGUUUUUCAAACAAAAUGAGCACGUACCUGAGCCCGAGCCUGAGGAAGUUAAGUCUGAACUUCAUGAAUCGAAAUCUGACCCAGAAAUCGUUAAUCUGGUAGAAUCUUCAACGAAGGACUUCGAGGAACCCACUGACUUAUCCAUGAAGAACCCUUCAGUCAUAGAAAACAACUGCGAAGUGUCUGAAGAACCAACUGACCUCAGCGUCCCCAAAUCUUUAUCCAGUCCGAGACCGCCAUCACAGAAUUCUGAAGCGAUUCAGUCGCCCCAGCCCAGUGGCAUACCUGCAGUACCCCCUUCUCCGGAUAUUGUUUCCACGACGGUUUCCGGAAAUGCUAAAACAAAAUCCGUUUUCUUGGAAUCACUGCUCACUAACAGCUCGAAGAAGAUAGCUCUCAAUUCCGAAGUUACUAUUAUUCGGCAACGUGAACCGCUUGAUUUGGGAAAAUGUCGAAAAUCUGCCAGUCCCACAGUUACUUGUUCAGAAGAGGCCAACAACUCUACUAGCGAAGAACCUCCUGCAAAAAAGAUGAAAACGGGAAAUAUAACGCUGAAAAAUCUGCUGAAUACACACACACAGGAUACACAAGCAGAUGAGAAAAGCAGGGAAAAGAAUUUCACAGCAGACACUCCUAGGCUGCUAGAGCUACUGAAGAAUGAUACUGAAGUGGACCCCCUAACCCAGUUGAAACAGCUUCUGUCAGAUCCUAGCGUGGAUGUUCCAGAUCCUAUGCUGGUGCCGAAGGAUCAAUUUAGCUCCAUUCUAACGCAUCCUGGUACGGAAAUUCCGAGGCUGUUGAGAGAACGACCUGAACUCAGAUUGCCCGAGGCUCUAGCAUACCCACAUAUUAUGCAGGACCCUAACAUGCUGGUGCUAAAUAUCCACCAUCUAGAAUCGAUAUUGUCCAGUAAGAACGCGCAGGAUAGUGAUGAAAUCUCCAAACCCAGCAGCGAACCAAGCCUGGAAAAGUCAGCAAGGAAGACAGAAAAGACGUCAGACACCACACAGGAACCACUAAAGAAAAGGACGAGCGAUAACUUUUCGAGACCAAAAGUGUCUUCAGAAGCGCAAACGAAAGGAUUCAACGAACUAGCAAACGAGAUCGACGCAGCUACUCAAGCGGCGUUCAAUCAGAUGGCUUGGUUGCCUUAUCUCAACCACUUGGAGGCAAUGUCACUGACAAACAAUGCAGAGAUCAUGAAAAUGUUGACUAACUCAGUGCCGUCGUUUCCCAUGUACCAAAUGCCAGAUUUCUCCCAAGUUCCAGCUGGAGGUAGAGCGCCUGUACCGCAGAUGGGAUUUUCUAUGCAACAAGCACCGAUGAACUAUGCCAAUCCAUGGGAAAUGAGCAUGUGGCAGGAGGCUAUGGCGCAAGCUAAUAUGCUGAGAAACAAGGCCAACUUUGAAAACUUCAAUAACGAGCAGAUGUUCAAGAGCUAUUUGGAGAAGAUGAAUCCACAUCCCAAGAAAUCCGCAGCUCACACCAACCACAGGCACCACUCUACAAGCAAACAUCAAGGAUACCACAACCAGUUCUACAAAAACGAGUAUCCUGCUUACCAAAACCCUUACAUGGCAGCUUUCCAGAAUAACGCAUCUAAGCAGAGCUUGCAACAGUCUCAGUUCAGUUCGAACAUGCAUCAGAAAAGACAACAACCUAACGGUUAUAUGCAAAAACAUAUGAAUGCUUUCCCGCAUCAAAAGAUGGACAAUAACCAGAACUUCACUGGUUUGUACCAGCAAGGGCCAGAUAUAGAGCGCCACCAGUACCUGCAGAAUCUAGGUUUGAGUCCCCAGGAACAGUUCCAUCCGAAUUUACCGAGUUCCCAUCGGAAAGAGACGAGCUCGACGCAAAAGCCGAAGCUGUCUUGCAAAUCGUUCGCUAACAUUUCGCAUCAGAAACCUGCCGUUCUCGAUCACCAGAAAGACAAGACUCACCCUUCUGGAAAUGAUUCCUCUUCCAGACAACAGACGAGUCAGCCUAUCGAUCUUUCGGGUGCGAUGACGUCGGGGGGUAAACUCAAGGUCAAACACAAUCUGAUUGAUACCACAAAAGCUCCGAAGUUGUUAAAACAGCACGACGAUGUACCAGAAGUUGGGAGUACGACUGCUAGCAUAGAAGAAAUGCAGGACGCACAUAAGCAUCUGUGGCAUCCGCUGUUUGGAAAUCAAAAAGAUUACACCAGCCCUUGGAGUUGGACGACGUUGACAGCUACAGGUGAAUAACACAGGCCGCAACCUCCACCAGCAAACUGGAGGUCGAACCUAUACCAAUACCACCAAGGCGCUACCGGUACGGACGCAUCUUUAACAGGGUUAGACUUUGAUUUUUUCUCCAAGUA